AUGCAAUCUAAAACUAGAGUUGAAAGUCUAAUGAGCGCACGAAAUUUAUUGCCUGUAAAUAGUUUGGGUGAUAAACCUUAUAGGUUUCCGGAAUAUUAGGCUGAUUUUUUCAAACCUGGGGGACUUAUUCCAGGUUCUACUAAUGCAGAUAGAAGAUAAAAAAAAGCGAGCGAAAAAUAACUCCAAAGCGUUAGAGUUCCUGGAAAACUUACGUGGAAGGAAAGGGAACAUUUGGAAAUUAUUAAUGAAGAUAAAAGAUAGUUUAAUGAAUUGGAUAAUUGGGAAAAUACUAUAUUUAAAGAGGCCAAUCCAAAUUGGAAAGACCCAGAUAAAUUUUUUGAAAAUGAUGAUAUUUUUAAUAAUUAGACUAAUGCUAAAGGGGGGGUCGCUAAAGAUAGCAAAAAGCCAGCAAAAAAAAAAUGA